AUGAGUCUUAUACCUAAUAAAGCAAGACUUCUUGAGCUUGUCAAACUAAGAUGCAAAGUCUUCAAUGAAAAUUAUAACCCAACAAAUAUCAGAACUGGUUCCAAAAUCUUAUCAUCCAAAUUGAAAGGUCCAACUGUUAAAGAUUAUUAUGGUAAUCCAGAAAUCUUAUCAUUAAGACAAGUCCAAGGUCUUCAUCCUGAAAUGAAAUUUGCUGAUCCUGCUGAAGUUUACAGAUUGAAGAUUCAUGCUUCGUAUGUAUUACUAUAUUUUGAUUAUUUAAAAUUCAAGAUACUAACAUUUCCUCCUAGACGUAAACGUAGAGGUAAAGGUGCACCAAAAAAGAAGAGAGAACCUCCAAGUGCUCAUGGUAAAAAGAAAUAG